AUGGGUAACACACCUUCAGAGUCAAUCAUUACCAGCACUAAAAAUGAAAUCGAUAUCGAUCAACUACUUUCCAUUGGAAUUGUAACUGCAAGCCAGUCAUCAAUACAACUCAACAUGACCACUAUGCUUCCUAGUCAAAUUCGAAUCAUUCCUAAUCAAACUCUAAUGCUUACUAAUCUUGAGGAAGAUGAAUUUCGGACGAGAAGACGCGAAGCUCAACGUAGACGUCGUCAACGACAAGCUGAACGACGAUGA